GUAUCCGAUUGACAUCUAGACAGAUAAAUUGAAGACCAAAGAGAGAGAAGGACCACGUAAACGAAUACAGUCCAUGUAUAUAACGAAGGAUUCUUGAAAGAACACGAUAUAACUCUUCUUUGCUUUUAAACGACGCCGCUAAUCGUUUUAUUUUGUUAUACUCACCAAGGUUCUUGAGACUAAAGUACUUCUCUUACAGCUCUGUCUUAUUUUUUUUUUUCCUCUUCUGGCUUAACAAUGUCUGGCGAGGCUUCUUCAUCUGGGUUUAAUCUGGAAGGCAUUGAUGAUGUUCAAGAUUAUCCAUGGGCGAAAUCAGGAGAAGUGCCAACUAUUUCGUGGGACAGGUAUAAUCAUCUAUGUGAGAUUGUGCAGACGGGUAACAAAGCAUAUCGUGACAACAGAUGGGACGAGGCUAUCAAUCGUUAUACAAGAGCUAGCAACAUUAAGCCGAAUGAUCCUAUUAUUCUUAGCAACAGAUGUGCUUCAUACCUCAGGUAUAGCCAAUUUCUGAAAAGUAGAUCUGCAUCAGAUUCAGAAUACAGGCCAUUGAGUGGGUUGGAUCCUACAACAUAUGCUGGGCUUGCGUUAAAAGACGCUGAGAAGGUGAUGCAUCUGGAGAACAAUUCAGUUAACUCACAUAUUUUGAAGGCGAACUCACUCAUUUUGUUGGAAAAAUAUGAGCUCGCCCAAGAGGUAAUCCGUUCAGGACUUCAAAUGAAUCCUCUAAGCAAUUCCCUUCUAAAUUUGGAGAAAUCAAUCACAGCCACACUUGGAAGGAGAAGCCACGGGAGACCACAGCGCAGUGAUGAUUUUGACUGCACUCUGUGCUUAAAGCUAUUAUAUGAACCUAUAACAACUCCCUGUGGACAUUCUUUUUGCCGUGCAUGCCUUUUCCAGACAAUGGACCGGUAUAACAGAUGUCCAUUGUGCCGGACAGUUCUUUUGAUUAGUCCCAGGACAUGUGCAAUCAGUGUAACAUUGAAUAACAUAAUACAAAAAACUUUUCCUGAGGAAUAUGCUGAAAGGAAGGCUGAGAAUGACAGUUUGAUAAACCUUGGUGUUGACUUGCUGCCUCUUUUUGUCAUGGAUGUAAUUCUGCCAUGCGAGAAACUUGCACUUAACAUUUUUGAACCUCGUUACAGACUUAUGGUUAGGAGGAUAAUGGAAGGAAACCGUCGAAUGGGAAUGGCUGUUCAUGAUCCUAUGACGGGUUCGGUAGCGGAUUAUGCUUGUGAAGUGGAGAUUAUAGAGUGUGAACCACUUCCAGAUGGGCGUUUCUUUCUGGAGAUUGAAAGUCGACGUAGAUGCCACAUUGUACGACAUUGGGAUCAAGACGGGUAUCGUGUUGCUGAGGUUGAAUGGAUACAUGAUAUAUCUCCAGCUGAAGGAACAAGAGAGAGGCAUGAAUUACUGGAGAUGACAAAUAAGGCGGCGGCAUAUGCUCAGCAAUGGUUGAGGAACGCACAAGAAGUAGCUGGAGAUCGUAGACGUGCAGAACUCUUCAAAGCUGAAGGAUUGAUGCCAUCUCCACAGGAUCCUGAGCGCUUAAGUUUUUGGCUUAACACUCUGACGAGUCGUAGACCAACAGAGAAAUUAGACCUGCUUCAGAUAAGAGAUACACAUGAGAGGAUAAGGCGAGGCCUCCUGUACAUGAAACAAGAAGAGCAAGGUUGUCGACUACAAUAAUAUUUGGUGAACAUGUAAUUAGUUCCUUUUACAUGAAAGCAGGAGAAGGCUGCCACCUGCUACAAGUUUUGGUCAACCCGUAAUUAGUUCCGUUAGUUGUACUAUCAUUGGUUGUUGUGUAAAGCUCAUUUUGAUUUCAAUAUUUUUUGAUCCACAUUCUGGUGGAUCCUCAACCCAAUUCUCCUUUCAUAGAGAUAUAUUGUUGACUUCAAUUUUUUCUUUAUUGUAAAGGCCUGCACUGUUAUUGAAUUAGACUAUUCUUUUUGUUGUAAACAGUGGGUCGACCCCGCAAUACAUUCAGUAAAGCCAAAACGACGAUUAUGUAAAGAGUGGAUCUUUUCGUUUGGGUAGCAAUACAAUCCAUAUUGUGUUUGCUUCCUUCACCAAA